AUGGGUGCAAAUGAUUCAGCUUCGGGUUGCUCACCUCUUCAAGCUCCGAGCGUAUUACGGACUCUCUUAUAUCACCGUCUCAGUCAUUCUCCUCUUUCCACUUAUAGGCCACCAUACCCAGUACCGGUCAACUGCGGUGGUCAGAAGUUCACCAGAGAUGAAAUCAAUGGUGCAACCAAAGAAGCCCUGAUGGUAGAGGAAGCCAGGGCGAAAAACCGCAAAGGAUACAACAAGUACCCGGAACGGUAUGAGAACCACGAGAAGCUCUUUGUCUCAACUAGUAACCCGUAUGAGUACCCUUUUACCUCUGGUGGCGUCUACUCUGGCAAUGAGUCGUCCCUCUUUCUUCCGUUUUUCGAUCAUUCGCAACCCCAAAGCACACAAUCAGCGAGGCUAAUUUUCUUCGGACAGAGGGCGAGCCGACAGUGGGUCUUUAUCGAGUGGUGGUAA